GAUUAUCGGAGACUGAGAGUGCUUAGACGGUGGCCGUGAAGGAUCGGACGGACUGGCUGAUUCACAACAAUAAGGAGGAUGUGUGGCGUGGUGUGGGACACGAUCGUGGCCCUCGUCCUGACAUGCGUACUGUUAACCACCGCUGACUCGGGCUCUCACCAUCACAUUCAUCCCGGCAACGCCAAUGAAAACAGAUUCCAUGAUUCUGCCGUCGUUCAAGAUGCAGAGCAUAUUAAAGAACACUUGAAAGAUGAAAUCAACGUCGACGAGAAGAAUAUGACAGCGGAAGAACUAGAGUUCCACUAUUUUAAACUUCACGACACGGACAACAACACAAAGCUGGAUGGUUUGGAGAUUCUUCAGGCUUUAGCUCACAUGAUGCCCGCCGAUGACGUCGUACCGCCACUCAAACCGGAAGACACCGCAGGCAAAACGACCGAAGAAAUAAAAAAGAUGGAAGAUGAGCGUCGAGAUAAAGUAUUGGAUUAUUACACAGGGUUCAUCGACCGCGUGAUGGAGGACGAUGAUUACGACAACGACGGCUAUCUGACGUAUAUAGAGUAUGUGUUAGCUCGGCGGCGAGAUGAGCAGCGCUACAAACAGAACCAGGCGCCCAAAAAGGACGAACAUUAACAUCUGUAUGACGAAGAUAUAUGACAAGCAGAUAACAAUCAGUCGGUACUGGCACACUAUCAUUAACCAAAGAAUAAGUCGCGCACCAUAAUCAGUAAUUUUAGGCCUAUAACUGAUUGUGUGCUAUUUAUUCAUUGAUGAUUGAUAUUGUGUUGUCUGUUAUGUCACGAUGACAAAAUUGAAAUGAGCUAUGUGUGUUGGGUGUACAAUAACUGGGAAACAGUGUGUACCUGGAUCCUGCGUUUUCAUAAUGAGUUCUGUAGCGCGCAAAGCGAUUUGAGCACUGAUGUAUAAAAGUUUACAACACUAUAUAUCUGCAAACCUCACGCCCAUCGUGAAAGAACUGUGACAUCGUUAUUUUCAGCAUUCUGAAGCCUGUGGAUUGAGCAUAACAUUGAUUCUUGACAAUGGGUCAGUAUUCCUGGGCAUUUCAAGGUAAGCCUAUUUUAAACGAUGUUGGGCCGCCAUCGUAUAAUUAAUAUAAUCGUAUAAUUAAUAAAUAAGUAAAUAAAUAAACGGGGUUACGGUUAAACGAGCAAUCUAUGAACGCAGUUCAUCCCAGCGUGGCAUUUUCAUCAUCAAUGUGUUUAUAUAAAUUUGGAAUUUCCAUUUGAAGAGCGUCUAUCUUUACGUUCAUGAUUCAACCCUUUACGGCAUGGCCAUUACGACAUGGCUUCCACUGUCGCAUUGAGAUGACGCCACGGAUAUGUUGCCUUGGCAGUCAUGCUGGGACUUUUAUUGGGCAUUUUAGGCUUGCCUCCAGGGCACACGCUUUUGGCAGACUCAUCAACUUUUCUUGUAAAAACUACGACUUUUGGCUCAGGAGCUGUACAGGACUAUAUUUUGUUGUUACAAAUUCUAUAAGUUAAGUCAGUCUAUAAAAUAGUCAGUAAUUUCAUGUUAAGAACUGUUGAAAGUGAAAGAACAUAUUUGCACUAAUGUUCCAUAAACACUUCAGAAAUCGUUUCUGUGUCUACAAAUGUCCUCCGAUUUGCGGCCGCCAGUACUUAAAGCAACAUUUGGUCAUUUGUUUGGAAUAUAUUAACAUGUUUAUUCAAAUAAAACUACAAGCGUCUAAUAGCUGUCGUGAAUGAGUGAUUGAAAGAAGUAUAUAUGUACAACGCCUGACUGCGCAUGACCUGUUCAGUACAUUGAAGUUCUAUAUUGUCAUGUUAUCGGUAUUAUAUGUGUCAUGCUACGCGAGAGAAAAAGAGAUUUGCAGUGAGAUUGGUGGAGUAAGGUUGUGAAUGGCUUCCCUAAUAAAAGUUUAAA